AUGAAACUGGUCGAGAGUAAUAUUCCGUUGAACGUUCUGGACUCGGGGAAAAGCGUACCCAGCAGCGGCGCUCCCGACACGAUGUCAGCGACGCCAGCAUCUGCGGCUAAAGACGAUGUCAGCGUUUCUAUCGGCGACACAGGAGCCACUUCCAGUGGCGUGACGGAGGUCGCCCUUCCUGCGGCUGAGAACAAGGAGCGCGCGGAUUCCGCUGAGACAGGCCGCGGAAAGGAUGGCGGAAACAAGAACGGCGUCGUUGGGAGCAGGCUCGCCGCUGGCGCGCGGCAUGGCGGAGACCGCGAGGGAAGCUUCAAGCGGAGAAUCUUCGGAAGCUUCAGCAGCGCAGCGAGCAGCGAUAACUGCAACCACGACAGCGAAAACGGCGGUCAAGAUGCGGAUUCCUCUCCCGAGCAGCCGAAAAUGGGCCACUCGCACUACUCGCACCGCUCUCCCUGGCUACGUGCCGCUCUUCUCGGCGCGAACGACGGGCUCGUGUCAACUACGUCACUCAUGAUCGGCGUGGGAGCCGUGGAGGAAGACAAAAACACCAUGGUGAUAUCUGGCCUCUCUGGGCUUGUCGCGGGCGCGUGCAGCAUGGCUAUCGGCGAGUAUAUCUCCGUGUUUGGGCAGCGCGACACGGAGGAGGCGGACCUGCGGAAGGAGCGCGCGGAGUUCGCGAAGGGACCAGAGGCGUGCGCGCGAGAACUCGAAGAGCUGACGCUGAUUUAUGUGGAGCGCGGGUUGUCGUACGAAUUGGCGCGCACUGUGGCCAUUGAGCUGCAUAAAGGCGACCCCAUCAGAGCGCAUGCACGGGACGAGCUGGGGAUUGACAUGGAUGCGCUGUCGAGCCCUGGACAGGCGGCUAUUGUGUCGGCCAUAGCGUUCACCAUUGGAGGCAUGAUUCCGCUGCUCUCUGGGGCAUUCAUUUCCAAUUUCCCCACGCGGCUUACUGUCAUGAUUGUGGUUUCCACCAUCACUUUCUUAAUAUUUGGAGCCAUUGGGGCCUGGCUGGGUGGUGCAAGAAAGUUCCGUGCAGCGCUACAGUCGGAGAUCAUAAUAGCGGCUGUGGCGGGGUCGGCGCUCGUGGUUACGCUUGUCGUCUGCGUCAUCCUCAUCUGCUGCUGCUUCUCCCCCCGCAAAGAAGCAACCGCCGACAAGGAAGGACAAGGGAAGAGCACCCAGAAGAUCGUCAGCGGGCCGGAUGACGUGGCAGUGCCGACGCUCUGUUUCAACGACAUCCAAGUCGCGACGGACGGAUUCAGUGACGACGCCAUCGUCGGCGGCGCGGGCCACACGACCGUGUAUCGCGGGGAGGGGCCGAGCGGCGAGCCGUGGGCGGUGAAGCGCGCCAAGCGCGUGACUGUAUCGGGGUCGCAUCUGUUUCGCAACGAGGUGGAUUUCCUGUCGCAGAUCAAGCACCCCAACAUCGUGCCGCUCCUCUACUCCUGCGACGACAACAGCGAGCAGAUCCUCGUCUUUGAGUACCUCGCUAACGGCCCUCUCUCCGUGUGGCUGCGCCCGCCGCCCGGGGACGAGCGCGCGGCGCUGACGUUCGAGCAGCGCGUGGACGCGGCGCUGGGCGUGGGCGAGGCGGUGCAGUACCUGCACUCGUUCAGCCGCCCCACCAUCAUCCACCGCGACAUCAAGUCCGAUACCAUCCUGCUCGACGACCACCUCAAGGUCAAGCUGGGGGGGCUGGGGCUGCUGAAGCAUCUGCCGGGGGAGGGAAUGCGGCUGCGGGUGGCGCGCAAGAAAGGGUACCUGGAUCCCGAGUAUUUUCAGACCUUCAAAGUCACGCCCAGAUGCGACGUCUAUAGCUUCGGAGUGGUGAUGCUGGAGAUGCUGACAGCCCUGCCGCCCAUAGUGCAGGGUCUGCCGCGCUCCUCCCCCACAGCCGCGGACGCCAGCUUCGCAGGGGAGGCGCCCUCCCCAACUCCGCCCAUGUCUCUGCCCCAGUGGGCCCUGCCGCUGAUCCAAGAGGACAGGGUAGAGGAGCUCGUGGAUCCCCGCAUGCCGCCCGGCUACCCCCGUGAUUCCCUCGUGGCCUUUGCACGCAUCGCAGCGGAGUGUGUUGCGCCGCUGCGCAAGGACCGCCCCGACAUGCCACGUGUCACGUUCCUGUUGGCGGAGCUGAAGCGUCCGGCCGCGCUGCGGUCGGUGGCGUUUGCACGGCUGCUACCUCCCACCCACUCCUCCUCUUCUUCCUCUCUCAACCCCCACUCGCUCUUCCGUGCUCAUCAUCCACUGCUGGGACUUCCCUUCCAGACUUGCCACCUUGCACUCCACCUGCACCCCUGCCAUCCCUCCUCCGGGCCUCUCACCACCAGCAUCCCACCGACACCGUUCCCAGACCUGCCCGUGGCUUCCCUCCCUACCACCACCCACCUUCACCGGCCCCCCGUAUCCCUCUCUUGUAGCUUACCGUAUCUUCUCCCUGGCAGUGCUGUUGCAACGGGUAUACAAGCAGCAGCAGAGGCAGCAGGUGCUGAGUGGAGGGUGCACAGCAGUACACACAACCAGCAGCAGAGCUAUCCCUGGUCCAGGCCUGGCUAUAUCACCCCUGCUAGGCAUCAUCUUGUGCUCUGCCUGCAAAUAAGUGCACCUGCCAAUUGCUGCCCCUGUGUGCUGCUGCGCUAG